CGAAUAAGGAGUAGUUCUUGACUCCGGCUUCGGACGCUUUUCCGUUGUGGUUAAUUAAAAGAGCCCAAUCGUUUAGCACCGGUGGUGCUUAUGUAUCUGAUGAUGGUGCUUCUAUGCUUCUUUUUGAUUCUUUGGCUGAGACGGCUGAGUUUGCGAGGAGAUGGGUUCCGUUUUGUAAGAAGCAUAAUGUUGAGCCAAGAGCUCCUGAAAUAUUAUAAAAAAAAUAUUAUAAAAUAAGAACACAAGGAUGAGUUGGACAAGGUGAGGGCUGGGGGAGACAAUUCUACAGAGGGAUUAAAAGAAUCAAAAAACACUUGUGAAAAAUGUGGUCUUACUUUCAAGAAAGCUGCUUAUUUGAAACAGCAUAUGCUAAGCCAUUCUACCGAGAGGCCGCAUGUCUGUCCUGUGGAUGAUUGCCCUUCCGAUUCUGAGAAGAAAGGAUCACUUGAAUCGCCAUCUUCUCAUACACAAAGGAAAACUAUUCAAAUGUCCAAUUGAGAACUGCAAAAGUGAAUUUUCUAUCAAAGCUAACAUUAAGAGACAUGUUGAAGAACUGUAUAAUGAGGGUCGAGCUUCCCCCAGCACUGAAUGUGAGAACACUGAGAGGAAGCAUGUAUGCCAAGAAGCUGGUUGUGGGAAAGCUUUUGCAUUUUCCAUCAAGGCUACGUAAGCAUGAGCAAUCCCACGAAAGCAUAUUAUUGGAUUGAAGCUGAAAUCAUAUUAAAAAAUAUCAACCAAGAUUUUUAUUACAUGUCGUGUGAUUUUUGUAAUAAGAAACUUAUGUUCUACAACGACAACGAAGAAACAGAUUGUGAAAAUCCAAAAUGCGGAAAAAGAUGUCUUCCUACACCACGUGCAAGGACAUAUGUAACUCGACGAUGGUACAGAGUUGCUAGAUGCUGUGAUGUUCGGUCAUGUUGCAGAAAACAUAUUCUCAUGUACUGCAGUUCAAUUAAGAUCAUAUUCGGACUAGAAACAUAAGUUGUUUGUCCAAAAAACUACGAAGCAAUUAUCAGCCAAAAAAUGGAGAAUUCAGUUGUACGUAGAUGCAAACCGAACAAUGACUUCAAAGUACAAUCAGUUCACCAUUCAAGGAGUUGAACCAAUGGAAGAUUAGGAAGAAGUUACUUUUUUUUUUUUUUUACAGUAAUUUUAUUUUAUUUAGUGUUGAGACUUUUCUUGCUGCUGAGCUUGUUUUUCUUUCUCUUGACUUGUUAUUUAUGGAUUUACAUGGAGUAGUGUAUGCAAGUAUUUCAUAUACCCAAUUUUCUAAAAGUAAAUAAUAAGUAUUAUUUUAUUAUGAUUUA